AACAACACGGCGGUGCGACAUACUACAGGCUCAUCAGGUCGGCUAUUCUUUUUCUCCUUACAUCUUAGCUAGUUAAUCCUGCAUCAGCCAGAAGCCUAGCAGAUCAACUUCAUGCACUCUUCCUAUUCUUCCUAAAGUACGUUAUGUCCCUUAAACGCUCCGUAUGUCUAACUCAAUGACGCUACAACUAUUGAGUUCAAGCUUGUAUGGAUCCAACCAGUUGACUUUCUGAUGAACCUGAACAAGUUUUUGAAAUUGUGAAUUAGUAUUUAACUUUUUUUAUCGUUAAGAUUCUCUGCUCAGUUAGUAAAGUGAAACGUAAGGAAGGGAAGGAGAUUGACACAAGAAGUUAAGAAAACAUUAAAUCAAAACAAGUGUCAAGUAGUGUACCCACUGGAAUCCUAAUGGCUCAGAGCGAAGAAAAACCCUAUGUUUGUCUGACAUGUAACAAAGAUUUCGCCCGGAAAGCAUAUCUGAGAGAUCACCUCAGGACACAUUCAAACGAGCGGCCAUUUUCUUGCGACAUUUGUGACAAAGCUUUUAAAUGUCGGAGUAACCUCCACAUCCACAGACGGAGACACACUUGUGAGAAAUCAUUCUUUUGUAAAUACUGCAACAAGGCCUUCUUACAAAAAUAUAAUCUUCAACGCCAUGUUUUGAUCCAUGCCAACAACAAAACAUACAAGUGUGACAUUUGUGGGAGCAACUUCCUACGAAAAAGUGGCCUGCGGUAUCAUCGACGGACUCACACCAACGACAAACCCAAUGUUUGCGAAACUUGCGGCAUGUCCUUCACCCAUGAGAGCAACUUGAGAAGGCAUCAGAGUGUUCACACAACAGAAAAACCUUUCACUUGUAACAUCUGCAACAAGACAUUUUCACGAGGAGAAAAUCUGAAACUCCAUCUCAACUACGUGCACACCAACGAUAAAGUCUACCGCUGUAAAAUAUGUCAAAAGGGAUUCAGUCGGAAAUACAGCCUGAAAGUACAUGAGAGAGUUCACACAAAAGAGAGACCUUACACUUGUGAUCUGUGUGGUGAAGGGUUCACAUGCUUGAGUAAUCUGAAAAGACACCAACUAGUCCACACAAAGGGUAAACGGCAAGACUGCGACGUUUGUGGCCGGAUCUUUUUUCGAGAUGACAGUUUCAAACGCCACCGGAUGCUCCACAUCAUGCCAGUGAAAAAGCAUGCCUGCCCGAUAUGCAAGAAGUGCUUCUCCCAGCCCGGCCAUGUCAGAGAUCACCAGAGUGUCCACACCAAUGACAAACCUUUCACUUGUGAGAUUUGUGGCGGCCAUUUCGCACAUAAGAGUACCCUAAAGAACCACCAACGGGUCCACACCGGGGAAAAGCCACAUAUUUGCGACGUUUGUGGUAACGCCUUUGUGAAUCGAAGCAAUCUUAGAACGCACUUGAGAAAAAUACACUCUGUUCCAAAGGAACUCAUGCAGAGCCAUCUUUCAGUCAACACACAAAUGUAGUCACCGGCACCCCGAUGUCCAAUGCAAUACAAAGUAAAAGGCUAAAAUGUUGUGAGUGGACUUUUAAAAAGAAUUUAAAACAAUACAUUAUAUUUUAGAAGUUAUCUAUUUGAAAUCUGAGGGAAUAGACCCUUCCCAUGAAAUAUGUAAAUUGCACAUAGCGCGUGCGCACUAACGUUUUGGUUUGCAA